AUGAAUAUUUGGAUUGCCUUAUCAAUAAAUCUGGUUAUUGGAACAGAUGCAACUUUAAAUCUUAUGGAUUCUCUUUCAAAUAUGAACUUAAUAUUGUAAGUAGUAAGAUUUACCAUUGCUUUAUUAAACAUACUUUUUUAAUUAGCAAUCUACAGAAGUAUUAAGCUUUCUUAAUAUAUUAUUUUGUUAUAAUUCCUUUUUUAAAUGCAACUUGUUUCUGAAAUUAGACAAACUUUUACAUCACUAAAUUCAUUUAACAUUUACAAAUACUUACUUUUAUUAUAUUACGAACGCUAGAACUAGUAACUAAAGUAUCUUUAAUUAUCUACUCUUCUUUAUUGCAUGAUUGAAAUACAAUUUCAAAAUUCAUAAAUUCAUUAAUACACAAUAACUUCAUUGAUUUUUAUUAUUAUCUUAAUCAUUAGAAUAUCAUAGAACUAAUAAUAAAUAAUUCAUAAACAUUCAACUUCUAAUGAUGUUUUCCAUUCAUAUUCAACUGUCCCACCAGAUUCAGCAUCUUCAAACAAAAAAAUAGAUUUAAUCACAAGAGAUGAAUUAAUCUUUAUAUUAAACCAUAGUAAGUAAGGAAUUAUCUACUUCAAUUAAAACCUUGAGAUUCAAUAUAUGAAUGAUAAAGCUUAGAAAUUAUGUUUAAUAAAUUCAUACAAUUAAGCAAUGAAUCAAUUGUAAUAGAUUAUUAUGAAGUAAAUUACUUUAUUAUUCAUAGAGCAAUUGAACAGGAUGAAAAUUUCAAUACUCAACAUAAAGAAAUUAAGUAUAGAGCUUCACAAAAACAUUUAUUAUAAAAAGCUGAUUGCAAAAUGAUAGAAAGUUUAAUAGCUUCAGCUGAAUAGAAUCUUAAGCGAUUUCAAUCUAUGAGUGAAAAGAAAUUGGAAUCUUAAUUUUUACCUAAUAAAUAAAAAAAGACUCAAUUUUCAAGUUCUGAUUUCAGAUAAUUACUUUAAUCGCUAUUUUCUGAUACAUAAAUGAAUAAUCUGUAAUCAUAAUAUUUUAUUAUAGUUUAGAGUAAAGAAUCUUAAUUAAAGCUAAUAAAAUGAAAGUCAAUCUUACAUCAAAUCAUGGAGAAAAAGUUAUUGAAUUGUAAUUCUGUAAAAUUGCUAAUCUCAUAAAUCAAAGUGGAUAUUUACUUUUCAUCUAUGAUAUUACAGAAAAUGAAAGAUUAUAAUAAUACAUUUAAAAAUAGAAGUUUUAAACAUUACAUUUUAAUUCUUUUUCUCAUGAAUUGAGAACGCCCCUUAAUUGUUCACUUACUUUACUUUAAGCAUUAAAAACAUAAUCAAUCUCAUCAUAACUCAUAUAAAACUAUUUAAAUCCUGCUAUAGUGUCAAAUAAAUUAUUAAUGCAUUAAAUUAAUGAUAUUUUAGAUUAUGCUUCAUUUGGUCUUGGAACAUUUUAAUUAAAUAUAAGAGAUUUUUAAAUAAAAGAGUUGUUUAGAUAAUUAGAGGAAUAUUACAGUGAGAUUUGUUCAAAAAAAGGUAUUAAAUUGAUAUUCUCUAUUUAUGAUUCUCUUGAAAAUCAUGUAAUUUAUAAUGAUCCAGAAAGAAUAUUGUAGUUAUUAGUAAAUUUAAUAAAUAAUUCCCUUAAAUUUACAAGGGAAAAUGAUGUUAUUUGUAUUACUGCAAAAAGUAAAUAAAAAUCAUCAGGAAUAAUCAAAGAUAAUUUUAUUAAAUUUAUAGUUCAUGAUACAGGAAGAGGAAUAGCAAAGACAGAAUUAGAUGCCAUUAACAAUAUUAUUCAUACUUGUAUUGAUAAUGAUAUAUAUCAUUAAUUAAAGAAUUUUACUACAAAAUAUGUUGGAUUAGGAUUUACAAUAGGAAGUAGGAUGAGCAAUGAAUUAGCCUAUUCUAAAAAAUCAUAUUUUAAAAUAAGAAGUAAGGAAGGAUUGUUUACAAAAAUUAGUUUCCGAAUUAAUAACUAAAUAACAUCUUUUGGCAUUAAAUAAAAAGAUACUUCAAUUAAAUUUGAAUAAGUUGUGUCUUUAAAUCAAAUUGAUAUAGAUAAUGUAAUAUAAGAGUAGCAUUAGAUUCCAUUGUGGACAUAAACAUUUUUUUCUUAAAAAUUAAUUUAAAGUGAAUCUUUGUCUUAGAUUCUAAUUUGUGAUGAUGUAGCUUUCAAUUUGAUUUCUUUGAAUUUAUUGAUUAAAAAUCUAGGAUUUGAAAGUGAUAUUGUUUAUGAUGGUUAUCAAGCCAUAAAUUAAAUUAAGAAAAGAUUACUUUAAUAACAAGAACAAUAUAAGAUAAUCUUAAUGGAUAUUGAAAUGCCAGGAUUAAAUGGAUAUUAAACUUCUACUUCAUUAUUGUAGAUAGACAACAAAUUAAAUAUAAUAAUGUGUUCAGCCUAUGAUACAGAAGAUAAUUUAAGUAAAGCUUUGGAGAGUGGUAUGAAAGAUUAUAUAAUUAAACCUGUUAGAAUAGAGUAACUAAAAGUUUUGAUUAAGAAAUAUAUUAAAUGA